AUGUCAUCGGCUGCGGCAAGUCCUCAGCUCCUUUCCAAAGGCGAUGGCGACGAUAUUAUAGAUACAAUUGAAAAUGAGUCCCCUGCAAGUCAAAAAUCGUUAGUAUUGGAUGAGGGCACACCAGACCUAGACAAUGACGAUGAUCUCUUUGGGUCUGAUGCUGGAGAAGAUGCCCAUGAGCAUCCGCGAAGAAAAAUCGACGAUGAAGAGGUCGAUUCGGGGGAUGACGAAGGCCGCUGGGACAGGCGUGCUUCGCCCAUGGACGAUAAUGGUGGCGAUUACAGCGAAACAGUUAAUAUCAUGGAUCUUAGUCUCGGUAGAACGGCAGAACCAGAAUCUACGGAUGGACAGUAUUAUACUCUAAGCAUGCCUAAUUUCCUGUCGAUUGAAUCCGAAGAUUUCAAUCCUGAAACAUACGUUGCACCGCCUUUUUCUUCUGCUUCAACCUCCCUCUGUUGGCGUUAUGACCCAAAUGAUGGGCAUACCCUUCAAUCAAACGCCCGCAUAAUUCAAUGGUCCGAUGGCUCCUUGACGCUCCAGCUUGCUUCAAACCCAACAGAACAAUAUAGAAUGCCUCUAAAACCUCUUGCAAGAUCAAACAACUCAACUAAAACUGGCGAUUAUGACUCCGAGAUGGACUCACAUGUGUACCUGGCAGCAGCAGCAGAAACCUCUUCCAUCAUUCGAAUAACCACACACCUUACCGGCCAAAUCUCGGUUCUUCCCACAACAAUGGAAACGGACGAUGCCGUUCAGAGGCUACAGGCAUCCCUUGCUGCUGCAACCAGAACAAGCAGAAAGAAUCCUGAUGGCUCCGUCGCCAUGUUUGAUAUUAAAGAGGAUCCCGAACUAGCUAAGAAGCAAGCAGAACAGGCAGAGCGAGAAAAGAUCCGCGAAGCUCGCAGGCGACAGCUCGCUGCGGAUAGAGACCUUGAUCGCGGAAAACGGGUGGGCCUACCGUCCAGAACAGGAGGGGCGGGGCUGACGAUUGCUGGUUUGGAGGGCGAUGAUAUGCCUGCCACUAGGGGACGUGGUGCCGGCAAGAAGCCCAAACGGAAACCCAAUCGUCGAGGAGAAAUAUAUACCGACGAUGAAGAAGAAUAUGGGCGCAGGGGCCGGACUCGUGAAGAUGAGUACGAUGAGGAUGACGGUUUUCUAGUUCGCAGUGACGAGGAGCUUGAGAUUGAAGGGAAUGAUGAAGAUGAGGAAGAAAUACUCGAAGAUGAUAACCUUGAAGCUGAAGGAGAAACAGACAACGAGGUUUCUACAUCACAUAAAAUGGCUACUCGGGAGAAGGACAGGUCGCCGAAACGGCCAUUAGAAGAAGACGAGGACAGAACCCGUUCAGACUCGGGGAUGGGUAAGGCUGGCACACCCCCUGCUAGAAAAAAGAAUAGAUAUGUGGUGGAAUCUGACGAGGAAUAA